AUGUUUGGCUCUUUCCCAUCCCACCUUGAUCAUUGUUGCAAUAUUUGGUUCAUUACUGUCCUUCUUUGUCACAAUAUUUGGUUCUUUACCAUCCCUCCUUUUCCCAAUAUUUGGCUCGUUACCAUCCCUCCUUUUCCCAAUAUUUGGCUCGUUACCAUCCCUCCUUUUCCCAAUAUUUGGCUCGUUACCAUCCCUCCUUUUCCCAAUAUUUGGUCCUUUACCAUCCCUCCUUUUCCCAAUAUUUGGUCCUUUACCAUCCCUCCUUUUCCCAAUAUUUGGUCCUUUACCAUCCUUCCUUUUCCCAGUAUUUCGUUCUUUACCAUCCCUCCUUUUCCCAAUAUUUGGUCCUUUAUCAUCCCUCCUUUUCCCAAUAUUUGGUCCUUUACCAUCCUUCCUUUUCCCAGUAUUUCGUUCUUUACCAUCCCUCCUUUUCCCAAUAUUUGGUUCUUUACCAUCCCUCCUUUUCCCAAUAUUUGGUCCUUUGCCAUCCCUCCUUUUCCCAAUAUUUGGUCCUUUGCCAUCCCUCCUUUUCCCAAUAUUUGGUCCUUUAUCAUCCCUCCUUUUCCCAAUAUUUGGCUCAUUACCAUCCCUCCUUUUCCCAGUAUUUCAUUCUUUACCAUCCCUCCUUUUCCCAAUAUUUGGUCCUUUACCAUCCCUUCUUUUCCCAAUAUUUGGCUCUUUACCAUCCCUCCUUUUCCCAAUAUUUGGCUCUUUACCUUUGUUCCUUGUCCUAAUAUUAAGCCCUUUACCAUCCCUACAUGUCCCAGUAACUCUUACAUUGCACUCUGCAAACACAUUUUUCCCUCCCUUACAAAGAAUCACGUCCUACAUUUAUCUCACACUCUUACUCUCCUUCCUAGAUUGAUGUAUUAUCAUUCAUCUUCAUUUUUCUCAUGA